AUGGGAAAACGUGGCAAAAGAGCUGACCAUCAAGGAGAUGAGAGCAAUCAAGAAUCUGAUUAUACAAUUUUAAGUGAUAACGAAGAUCUCUAUUCAUACCUGAAGUCUGAUGCGCGCGAACUAGAGGCGCUACCCACCAAAGAAGGAAACGCCAGAAAGGAUUUCGUGUACAGUGAUGCGGACGACGACAAUGACAUAUCCGACUACGAGAUUCAAGGGUCCUUCUCACGCAACGAUCGCGAUUACACGGAUUACGAAAUGGAAGAUGACGACGAACUGUUUGACAUGGAUGCCGAUGGUCAUGAGGAACAAGAGAGCGAACCAUCCCGAUCUGCACAAAUUUCAUCGAGCGGUGCCACAGCCUCGAAUCAGCAAGCCCUCUCAUCUCCGUCCUCGGCUGGUGGUAAUCCUGCGGGUGCAUCUCGAAAGGGUCACUUGAAAUGCCGGUUCACAAAUUGCACCGAAUCGUUCAUCCACAAAACCGCGCUAAUCGUGCACGAACGAACACACACCGGUGAAAAAAUAUAUACUUGCAAUUACCCUGAUUGCAACAAGCAGUUUCAUCAAAGAAGUUACUUAAAGUAUCACGAACAAACGCACUUGACAAAUUCGGUGUUUAAGUGCGAUGUGCCGGGAUGCACCAAGCAAUACAGGUCGCGAUACACCCUGAUCUCUCACAAACGUGAACAUACCGGCGAAAAACCUUUCGUAUGUGAUGUGAACGAUUGUGGCAAAGCUUUCUCGCAGAGAUAUCAAUGGAUUUCUCAUAAGAAAUUACACGAACCAGGUGGGUUCGAUAGUGAAAGGGACAAAGGGGAUAAGAGUGGUUACGAGAGUGAUCAAUUGAAGAUGAUUGCUCAAAAAGUCUCCAACCAAAUGCCGAUGAAAGUGGUGAGAAGCGUAAAAGAUUCAGGAGAAAAUGCGAUUGGAUCAAAUGCGAUUACCCAGGAUCCUAAAGAGGAAUGUACGAGUUCGCCCGCCGAAGAUUCGAAGAGAACCACGAUGCUACUUAAAACCGAGGAUAUCUCGGAGUUUGAGGUGACAAAAUUCGUCUCGAAGAAUUCAUCAGCCGAAAAUGAGGAAUCCACUCAUUUCAUGAGCGCAAACCGCGUUGACGAUAAAGUCAACGGGGACUCGAAGGUCUCCGGUGAAAUAGGAUACAUGUCGAAUCAAGCUCAAGUCGAUGAUCCAGCCGCCGAGAAAAAUAAUUCGGAGGAAAUGAUAAACUUUACCGAAAUCGAUAAGUCAUUCGACGGUAAAGAAUCGAGGCAUUCCGAAAACUGGAUAAGUCUCGAUGACAACGACGAGGAGAUAAUCGACGCCCCAUCAAAAGUUGUAGAAGUUCCUGAUUAUUUCGUCUAA